AUGGCCGAGUGUGAUCCUGACUGUUCCUCCACGGAGCCGGCGCUGUCUCCGCGGCCUACUGAAGUCGCGACUGAGUUGGGCGACUGCUCUGAUGUAGAGGAUGACCUUGUGGAGCAGCAGGAGGACUUCAUCCUCUUGGGCGAUUCUGACGAGGCGGCUUCUUCGUCGAACGCGAUCCCUGUGAAGAAGACUAAGAAGGCGAAGAAGAACAAGGACAAGCGGCACCGGGCUGGUGAGAUGCUCGGUAUCGAUGUGGGCAGCCAGAGUCAGCGGACCAUGAUCCCUCAUGGAGAGCUGCAGCGGCAAGUGCUCGAGGAGCUGAAUGCCACCAGGGCAAUUCUUCUCGAGUACCGGAAGGCGCACGAAUGGUACGAGAAGAACAGUCCUGACUGGGUGGUUGCUGAUGCUCCGUUCCCUUUCCCCUACGUGCCGAUCCUGCCUCAAGAGCACUUCAGGGGUGAAACGAAGGGACAGCUGCAGAAGAUGCUGAAUGAGCUCUUUGCAUCUCGGCAAGAUUGGUAG